AAAAUGGACAAAGAAAACGGUGAUGCUUCAUCCAAACCAGCUGACCUGAAAAUAUCCAAUAUAUCAGUUCAGGUGAUCAAUGUCUCAGGGAAGCUGCCAGGGAGACGCCCACCAAGAAAGCCGGUUGGCAAAGCCAAACCCAACAAGCAAGCCAAGAAGACAGCGCCUUUUUGGAAUGUCCAAAAUAAAAUCAUUCUCUUCACAGUAUUUUUAUUCGUCCUAGCAGUCAUAGCCUGGACACUUCUGUGGCUGUACAUCAGUAAGACAGAAAGCAAAGAUGCUUUUUAUUUUGUUGGGAUGUUUCGUAUCACCAACAUUGAGUUUCUUCCUGAGUACCGGCAGAAGGAGUCCAGGGAAUUUCUUUCUGUGGCGGGGACCGUCCAGCAAGUGGUAAACUUUGUUUACACAACAUCUGCCUUCUCCAAAUUUUAUAAGCAGUCUGUGGUUGCAGAUGUCAGCAGCAACAACAAAGGUGGCCUCCUUGUCCACUUUUGGGUUGUGUUUGUCAUGCCACAUGCCAAGGGCCACAUCUUCUGUGAGGACUGUGUGACAGCCAUCUUGAAGGACUCCAUCCAGACGAGCAUUAUAAACCGAACUUCUGUGGGGAGCUUGCAGGGGCUGGCUGUGGACAUGGACUCUGUGGUACUAAAUGCUGGGCUUCGGUCAGAUUAUUCUUCAACCAUAGGAUCUGACAAAGGCUGCUCUCAGGACUUGUAUGCAGAUCAUCUGUCUCUCCGCUACCCUCUGGAGAUUUCUGCCACCUCAGGGAGGCUCAUGUGUCAUUUCAAACUGGUGGCCAUAGUGGGCUGUCUGAUUCGUCUCUCGAUUGAGUCUAUCCAACUCGAAGCUGACAACUGUGUCACCGACUCCCUGACCAUUUAUGACUCUCUCUUGCCAAUUCGGAGCACCAUCUUGUACAGAAUUUGUGAACCCACAAAAACACUGAUGUCAUUUGUUUCUACAAACAAUCUCAUGUUGGUGACCCUGAAGUCUCCUUAUAUACGGAGGCUAUCAGGAAUCCGGGCAUAUUUUGAGGUCAUUCCAGAACAAAAGUGUGAAAACACAGUGUUGGUCAGAGAAACCACUGGCUUUGAAGGGAAAAUUUCAAGUCCAUACUACCCGAGCUACUAUCCUCCAAAAUGCAAGUGUACCUGGAAAUUUCAGACCCCUCUGUCAACUCUCGGCAUAGCCCUGAGAUUCCAUAACUAUUCAAUCACCAAGAAGAGUAUGAAAGGCUGCGAGCAUGGAUGGUGGGAAAUCAACGAGCACAUGUACUGUGGCACCUACAUGGAUCACCACACGAUUUUCCGAGUGUCCAGCCCUCUGGUUCACAUUCAGUUCCAGUGCAGUUCAAGGCUUUCGGACAAGCCACUGUUGGUAGAAUACGGCAGUUACAACAUCAGUCAACCUUGUCCUGUUGGAUCUUUUAGAUGCUCCUCUGGUUUGUGUGUCCCUCAGGCCCAGCGCUGUGAUGGAGUAAAUGACUGCUUUGAUGAAAGUGAUGAACUUUUCUGUGUGCCUGUUAAACCUGCCUGCAACACCAGCUCCUCCAGGCAGCACGGCCCUCUGGUCUGCGAUGGCUUCAAGGACUGUGAGAAUGGCCAGGAUGAGCAGAACUGCACUCGGAGCAUUCCGUGCACCAACAGAACUUUUAAGUGUGGCAAUAAUAUUUGCUUUAGGAAACAGAAUGCAAAAUGUGAUGGGAUCGUGGAUUGUUCAGAUGGAAGUGAUGAAGUCGGUUGCAGCUGUAGCAGGCGUUCGUCCACUGUCCACCGAGUCGUCGGGGGCACUGACUCCCAGGAGGGGGCUUGGCCAUGGCAGGUCAGCCUCCACUUUGUUGGAUCUGCCUACUGUGGCGCCUCUGUCAUCUCCAGGGAGUGGCUUCUCUCUGCGGCCCACUGUUUCCAUGGAAACAGGUUGUCAGACCCCACACCGUGGACAGCUCACCUUGGGAUGUAUGUGCAGGGGAAUGCCAAGUUUAUUUCCCCAUUGAGAAGGAUCGUGGUCCACGAGUACUACAACAGUCAGACCUUCGACUAUGAUAUUGCUUUGCUACAGCUCAGUGUCGCCUGGCCUGAGACCCUGAAACAGCUCAUUCAGCCAAUCUGUAUUCCUCCUGUUGGCCAGAAAGUGCGCAGUGGGGAGAAGUGCUGGGUUACCGGCUGGGGGCGAAGGCAUGAGGCAGAUAGUAAAGGCUCCCCUGUUUUGCAGCAAGCAGAGGUAGAGCUCAUUGAUCAAACCCUCUGUGUUUCCACCUACGGGAUCAUCACUUCGCGGAUGCUCUGUGCAGGAGUGAUGUCUGGCAAAAGAGAUGCCUGCAAAGGAGACUCCGGUGGACCUUUAUCUUGUCGAAGACAAAGUGAUGGAAAAUGGAUUUUGACUGGCAUUGUUAGCUGGGGUCAUGGAUGUGGAAGAGCAAACUUUCCUGGAGUUUAUACAAGAGUGUCGAACUUUGUUCCCUGGAUUCAUAAAUAUGUCCCUUCUCUUUUAUAAUUGUACUAGUUGUAUUUUUAUCUGUGAUUUAUGUGAUAGAUUCUUUUAAAACAAUGAAAUAAUUAUCAAUAAAAUGUCAUGCAAUUUUUC